CCACAGACAGAAGUUGAGAUCUUUCCUGGAGACAGGAAGCUGACGCGAUCUAAAUUGCUUAAACCAUUUACAGUGUUUUUGUCUGGAGGUUUUUGGUUUUGUUGAACUUAUUCUUGGCCUAAAUGUCGCGGUAAAACUUCUGAAGGAUGAAAACUAGAGGUUCACCACCAGCUCCGCCACCGAUUCACGUUCACGUAGCGGAUAGCAUACCUAUCCAUGUUCAUAUGAGGAGGAGUCCCACCAGAACACCACCGGGAACUGAUGCUUCAGUGAAACGAGAUGGAAGCAGGCCAAAGAUCCGGACGCCCUGGAUUCCUCCAGGAAUACUCUCGUGCAAGAGGAUUAUUGGCUCCAACCAGUCUCAGACCAGCAGAUCACAGAUUCAGUCAGACAGUGGGAUCAGGAAUCGGCAAGAUGCAGGGCAACAGGAGGAAGAGCAGCAUGCAGUUUCUGAAGACCUCAGGGUCCUGAUGAAGGAACAUGGCGCUUCAAAGACGUCGGAGUCUUGCGAUCGUCAAAGAAAUGCAGAUGUGCUCCUCAGGACGCUUGUAGAGGCAGAAAUCGAUGGUGUAGCUGUGGUUAAUCAGCUGACAGCUUUGAAGGAAACCAUUGACAGCCUUGCUAAGGAGAAGCGGCUGACGAAGCUUCACACAUCCGCUCUGGGGCGGCAGCAGAAGCUGUUGCUGGAGAAAAUAGAGAUGUUUGAUCAAACAAAUCACAGCCUUCGGGAUCACCUUAGAGACUGGAGCGUCUACGAGAAACAGUUGGCGAUGUGGCCGACGGAGAGAGACACCUUGAGGAAGAAGCUGGCUGACACCGAAACAGAAAACCUGCGACUUGCCGCUGAACUCUCAAACAAGGAGAAACAUGCUUCGAAGCUCUCUGAGCAUCUGGACUUUGAAAAGGGCAACUUGAAGACGACCGAAGAGCUUUCAAGGAUCCUGGACUCGACCCGCAGCCACCUGGUGAACCAGCUGGAGCAAUCUGAGGCGGAAAAGGUCCGCCUGGCCGCUCAGAUCCAGAAGAUGCAGCAAAGUCAGGAGCGUCUGCUGGAGCAGGUCCGGGAUCUCCAGGGCGAGCUGGAGACCCUGAAGAUGAAGAAGGCGCAGGAUGACAAGCAGUGGAAAGAAGAGCGGGAGUCGCUCAGUGUGAUCACGCUGCAUGCCGACCGAGCGGAGGAGGCAGUGAGGCAGCUGGAAAAGAAACUACAGGAGAAGGAGAUGGAGCUGUCUCUCGCUGUGUCCGUGUCCAAAGACUGGUGUCACCGUCACUCGAUAGAAGCAGCUGAGAAACGGCAGCGGGAGGAAGAAAUCUCGAUUGUCAAACAGAAGCUCAUCGAUCUGAACUCUCGGCUUCGCGCAGUGGAGGAGAAGAAUCGGGCCGAGAGAGAGGAGCUCAGAAAUCAGCUUCAGCACCUCAACGCGGAGAACGCCUCCACCAAGCUGGAGAACCAAACGCUCAGGAGAGAGUUGGCGUCGACUGACGAGAAAUUAAAGGGACUUCAAUCUGAGGCUCGUGAGCUGAAAUCAUCAAUGAAAAAAUCUGAGAACCUGGUGGAGAAAUUCAAGCAGAAGGUUCAUCAGGCUCGCCUGGAGUCAGAGGAGUACUGUCUGAAGCUGGAGACGACGCAGCGGGAGGCCCGGGAGCAGAGGGCGCGCCUGGAGAACGAGAAGGAACAAGUGAAACGGGAGCUGCUGAACCGGUUGCAGGAGUUCGAGACGCUGCCGGAGAAACUGAAGCGGAUUGAGCAGCAGCUCCGAGAAGCCCAGGACGACACUAACACCUACGAGAGGAGGAACCUGGAGCAUCAUGCUGUCCUGUCUGAAGUCAGACACAAGGUCGAGCACCAAGGUGCUCAGCUGGAAACGGUUCAGCAGAGGAAUCUGCUGCUGCAGGAGGAAAACAACGUCCUGAAGGAGAAAAUUAACAACCUAGAGAGGAAGCUGGAGGAUAUGAAUGCAGAAAACAGAGCGAUGUCCCAGGCUGUCAGCAUGAAGGAAGGAGGCAUCCGCAGCCUUCAGCAGCAGCUGGAGGAGAAAACAUACGAGUGCACCGUCGUGUCCCAGCAGCUGCAGGAAACUCUGGGCAACACUCAAAGACAGGUGGACGACAGCAUACAGCGACUUCUGGCCAAAGAGAAAGCAUCACAGUCCACAUCAUUGGAGCUGCAGAACCAGCUGAGUCGGGCCAAAUUGGAGCUGAGUCAGCUGCAGCGAAGCAAGGAGGACAUGGAGCGCCGCUUCCAUUCUCAACUUCAGAACUUGAGGGAGCGACUGGACCAGUCGGAUUCCACAAACCGCAGUUUGCAGAACUACGUUCAGUUUCUGAGAAACUCGUAUAAAAAUGUCUAUGGAGACUGCUUGCUGAGCACCACUGAUCCGUUCCCGGAGCAAUAAAGCACAAAUGAAUUUACAUUUAUUGUGAAAUCAAAUGUUUUUAAAAUGUGAAUUAUUUAUUGU